AUGGCUUUCAACAGCCUCGUCGACGCCUCCGACACUGUCCUCUCUGAUCCACCCACAGAACUUGACGAUAUGGACUUCGAAAUUGAGCAGAACUUCGACAAAAUGACACUCGCUUGGCCUCUUCCGAGGGAGGGUCUGAAGCGCAAGUCAAUUUCGCGCUCAAUCAUUUCUGAUGAUUCGAUGAGUGACACUACCGGUGUGGAGGACAACUGGUCUCUGUCAAAGAAGCCCAGACUAUCUCUUCAUGUCCACAGCAAGUUCGAAAGCGUCCCAACUGAGAUCCUAAACGAGGUUGUGUCAUUUCUGCACGAUGAUCAAGAUCUCUUCAACUUGACGUGCGCCUGCAAAACCUUCGCCAACGCUCUUAUUCCACCUGAGUCGGCGGCCUGGCGCCAGCGCUUCAACUCUGUAUUCGACUGGCCGUUCAUUGAUCAUUCGACUGAGUUCGCUCCAGCAUAUCAACUGCGGAAAUUCGUGCUCAAACAUUUUACAGAGUUUACCGACCCAGAUGACGAGAGACUGCUGGUUCAAUUGGAGGUUGUGAGGGACAUGGUCUUGGAGGCCUACCAUCAACCCCAAAAGCAUCUUCCUCUACCGUCGACAUCUCCCAAUCUUGCGGCAUUUGCAUCUCCUCACGACUCACCGUGGAUGCGAAUGUUUCUAUCAUGUCCUUUUUUUCCCAGUCGCAAUCAACGAUACGGCCAAGCACAUCCACUCUUCGAUUCAUUACAGCUGACCCUAUCACAUCUGCUGCUGUCACCGGCCUCCCAGAUGGCCCAUACUGUGCGAUCAUCGAGGACGAACUAUGACCUGGCUGUUGUGUACGAUUGGGGUCAACCCUUAUCUCUUCUAUAUCGCAAAUUGACACAUAAGAUUGCGGCGUCAGUCAUGUCCAAGGCAAGGGGGAAGCCAAGUAAUUUGAGAUCGCGCCGCAGACUGCCUCGCAAACCCACCAAGCCGACGCACGAGCUGGACACCUUUGCGUUGCUUCAUAUUCGCAACUUCUGGCAUCGUCAUCUGAUCGAAACAGGAAAGGGUUUUGGAUCGACCGACAUGGCUGAGAACACAUAUGCUAAGAUGGCAAAGGAGCUCAUGCGCCAUGGGAUCACUCCAAAGAAAUGGGAAAGGCCACUGAAGGAAAAUUCAUUGCUACAGAUUCCCACGGAGUGGUACGGACACUAUUCGACGCUUGCUAACUGGCCAAGGAAGCGGCAACAGCUGGAGGAAGUACAAAGCCUCGCUGAAGAUUGGCAGGAUGUUGACCCUAUGAAACUUGAUUUCGCCAUCUCCACGGAUAAUAAUGUCGAUGGUUUCUGGGCUCCCAUUUUCAAAGGUAUUCCAGCUUUUCAGAAGACGAUGCCGGAGCUCACAUCCUCUCAAUGCAUCUUCAUCCGAGGACUGGCCUACUUUGUACAAAUAUCAUCUCCUAGCAAUGUCAGGAGAAGUUCUGACCCAGUGUCACAUGCCACACUCACACUACCAGCGGUGUCACGGUUACCCAAAUAUCACCCUUACUUGGGCCUGCGUCUUCGGGGCGUCAUACACUCCAUCCCUGCCCAACCGCAGCCGACGGAGGACCUGGACACAGACUACAGUAUUCCAGGUUUUAAUCGUCUUGUCAUGAUGCUCUACAAACCUUCAAAACGCUACCUAAUCCAGGUCCUCGAGCAUGCAGAGGAAGAGUAUGGUGAUACGUUUACAACUGCCCUUACGACACAGAUGAUACAAAAUAAUGCUGCCGCCGGUGCAGGCACAGCUACAACCCUUGAUCCAGUCGAAAUCGACGCCGGACUCGAUAACUACCUCCGCUCUAAACUCCUCUCAAACCCUCUCUGGUGCGACGGCUCCAAGCUCGACAAAGUCGCUAUCGAGGAGAUGGAGGAGAGAUUCAGACUCAGUGAGUAUUUGGACUGGAACGACAUUGAGUAUGCUUAUGCCUACGAAGGCAUCUUAAAUCCUGGUGGGAAGAUCAUGAUGGGAAGGUGGUGGCGGGUUGCUCUACUGGGCGACGGGGACGGCAUGGAGUGGAGCGACAGUUUGGGAUUGUGGGACGAUGAAGACGAAAACACUAUGGACCUGGAUGGGGCAGGAAGUGAACAAGGGCAGAACGAAGCUGAGAAUUCUCCCGCAGAGACAGGGGGAGCUGGACAGACCUCUGGCGCGAAUGGGAAUGGAAACGGCAACUCGACGACGACGACGACGACGACGACGACGACGACGGGUGACGGUCGACAUCAAAAGCGAGAGCGAGGGCCCUUUAUUUUCUGGUGCUGA